AUGUCGAGCCGCUCUCGGAUCCAUUCAACAUCGUCUGUUUCUCAUUCAGACAUUGGCAGCGACAAGGAUGAGUACACUGGUCCUCAUUCAUAUUCACAUAAAAGACGCUCCUCGCCUUCACCUACCGACCUCCGCACGCCAACAACAGUAGAAACAGCAGAUGUCUCUACAGCCAUGAAGCUUAAUACAACUACAACUAUAACCACAACCACAACCACAACAACCCAUCAGACAACAUCAUCUAGAAGCGAUAGUGUUAGAAACACAGUGACAAAGGCUCAAAUCGCUCCAGAAGCAAGUACAGGUCCAUAUUUGUUUGUAUUCGAUUGGGCAGUGUCACUCUAUUACCCAAUCCGCGCCAUGAUCUUGUUUGUCCUGGGCUUUGUUUUCUCACUGGUCAUUGAUCAUCUUCAAACACAGCAUCAACUCGUUCAAUACCAUCCAGACACCAACAAUCGUUUCAGCAACAGCGGCAGUAGUAACAACAACGUCUAUUUCAUGAGUAGUACAAGGAUGCUAUUUGACACAGCCUCAUGGUUACCACCCACGUGCGGUGCCUCUGCAGUCUUGAUCGGCACCAUUUAUCCGCUUGGAGAUUAUCUUUGGUGGGGCAAACGCGUCCAACGCAACGGUCGGGAUUGGUCCGGCGUUAUGAGAUGCCUUGGCGGAUUCAUCGGAGUCAACUAUGCAGCAUCAAAAUUACCCUGGACCAGCAGUCUUCAGGUGUCUUGUACAUUGGCAUUGAUCUCGGCAGGACUCUGGUUCUUGUUCGAUCGGACAUUUCAUGGAUUUGUCAUCUCAUUGACUGUUGCAACUAUGGGCACUAUAGUCGCCUAUUUCUUGGUCUUGAACGGCUGGUAUAGCUUCACAAGGGCCGACUUCUUUGGUGUGGGUCCAUGGAUUCCUUGUAUUCUGUAUUCGUCCUCAGUAUGCUUUGGGAGUAUUGGCAGGCAAUUGGACGUGGUUCCUGAGGCAUGGUAUCAAUCUAACCAUUGCUCACGAGUUCAUCUCAAGUCUGAGUAA